AGCAGGAUGAACGAAGGGAGCGAGAGAGGGUGAUAGACUGACAAUAGUCCAGACAGACAGCUCAACAGAGAGAGGGGUAAAGGGGGAAAUACAUUUGGAAUACUGCUUCAGAGCUCCCUCUACAUAUUUGUCCAGUUCUCCUGUUGAUUUGGAGAUGUCAGUGAACCCCCCCAACAGUAACGAUGCCUGCCUGAGCAUCGUGCACAGCCUCAUGUGCCACCGACAGGGCGGUGAGAACGAGGGCUUUGCCAAGCGUGCCAUAGAGAGCCUGGUAAAGAAGCUGAAGGAGAAGAAGGAUGAGCUGGACUCGCUCAUCACCGCCAUCACCACUAACGGAGUUCACCCCAGCAAGUGUGUCACCAUCCAGAGGACGCUUGAUGGACGCCUGCAGGUAGCUGGGAGGAAAGGGUUCCCCCAUGUGAUCUACGCUAGGCUCUGGCGCUGGCCAGACCUCCACAAGAAUGAACUGAAGCACGUCAAGUUCUGCCAGUUUGCCUUUGACCUGAAGUAUGACAACGUGUGUGUCAACCCCUACCACUACGAGAGAGUGGUAUCGCCAGGCAUUGUUGGUCUCAGCAUUCAAAAUGCAGGUCCUCCAGGUCGGCUGAUCAAAGAGGAGUACAUCCAUGACUGUUUUGAGAUGGACCUCCCCUCCAGGAUGCCCCCCCAGCCCGAGCACUACAACCAGCCCCUCCCCCCUCUGCAGAUGCCCCCUGAGCUGCCCCGCGCCCCAUCCUCCGUCAACCUCUACCCCAGCAUGCCCCUCUCUCCGCCAGUGAGCAGCUCCAUGAUGGGGCCCAUGUCUGGGGUCCACGGCGAGGGCCUGCUCCAGAUCGCCUCUCCCCAGAUCCAGGGCAUGCCCCAGACGCCGCCCCCCACCACCCCCACACACGGACCACCCUCCCAGCCCCCUACCCCUCACAGCCAGAGUGACUACAGCAGCAGCUCCAAACACACACAGACACAGAGCUCUUAUCACACGACCUGGACAGGCACCAGCACGGCCUCCUAUACCCCUGUAGGACCCCAGCAGAAUGGGCGUGGCCACCAGCAACCACCACUGCACCACCCCAACCACUUCUGGUCUCAGCAACAUCACAGCGCACCCGCCUUUCCUCAGCCAGUCUCCAACCAUCCAGGUCCAGAGUUCUGGUGCUCCAUCUCCUACUUUGAGAUGGACAUCCAGGUUGGGGAGAUGUUCAAGGUCCUGGCUAACUGCCCCGUGGUGACAGUGGACGGAUACGUGGACCCCUCGGGGGGCGACCGCUUCUGUCUGGGCCAGCUCAGCAACGUGCACCGCACCGACGCCAGCGAGAGAGCCAGGUUGCACAUUGGGAAGGGGGUGCAGUUAGAGUGUCGUGGUGAGGGGGAUGUGUGGAUGCGUUGCCUUAGCGACCAUGCAGUGUUCGUACAGAGCUACUACCUGGACCGGGAGGCGGGGCGAGCCCCGGGAGACGCAGUUCACAAGAUCUACCCUGGGGCCUACAUGAAGGUGUUUGACCUGCGUCAGUGCCACAGGCAGAUGCAGCAGCAGGCAGCCACGGCCCAGGCUGCAGCAGCAGCACAGGCUGCAGCAGUGGCAGGCAACAUCCCAGGGCCUGGCAGUGUGGGGGGAAUCGCCCCUGCAGUCAGUCUGUCGGCGGCAGCUGGGAUAGGUGUGGACGACCUGCGGCGGCUGUGUAUCCUGCGGCUCAGCUUUGUGAAGGGCUGGGGGCCCGACUACCCCCGGCAGAGCAUCAAGCACACCCCCUGCUGGGUGGAGGUCCACCUGCACCGUGCCCUGCAGCUGCUGGAUGAGGUGCUGCACACCAUGCCUCUGGCUGACCUAGGAGGACAUGGACAUGUCAACUAAGCAGUGUGGUUGUAUGUGAGAGAGAGGUGUCUCAGUUGCUUGGUUUGGAUGAUAACCUUCAUGAACACUACAGUACGUUUUGGAUUGGAUAUCUUUUUCCUCAGCACCUGAAACAAAGAUUGUAGACUUUAAUAGAAACUUCUAUCGAACUUCUAUCGAAAAGGUAUUUUAAUGCUUUUAUAUAUUUUCUUGUUUGAAUCGCCUGAUUUUCCUGAAGCAGUUUAGACUGCAAAAUGUACUUGCUCAACAGCCAAUCUUUUCACAGAGACUGGAACUUGCACUAAAGGCAUCAAUGCUUUUUAGUAGUGGUAGAGACUGUAAGGGAUGGACUGUGUCACAACAAUGGAAACUGGCCUCGCACCGCCAAUGACCUGGUAUCCUGCCUGGAUAAAACACUUUUGGAAUUGUUCAGAAAGUCAGAAUGAUAGCACAUGUGCUGCAGUGGAUUCUCACUUAAGCAGUGUUAGAAUGAUGCCUUGAUUACAGGGCAGCAGACUCAGACAGGUAUAUUGCAUCUGGAGAAUGCUGCUGUCCUUUAACUGCCUUCAGUAGGGUCUGUUUGUUCUUCAGGGAGAAAUUGAAAUAAUAGUCACCACAAUCUCCAUCAACCUUUUCUCUUAUCAGUAUUUUUCAUUAACCUGCAUCAUGUGACUCAGUUAUAUUUAUACUGAACAAAAAUAUAAAACGCAACAUGUAAAGUGUUGGUCCCGUGUU